UUCGGUAACCGCUCUCUCAGUUGUACCUUGCUCCGACCUAGUGGCAGGACGUGCGACGUGCAUAGGGUUCCUCUGCCGUCCUGAGCAUUGGAGUUUUUUACUAGUAACCUUGCGCUGUUGUGUCCAGUCAUGAGCUUGUUGAUUAGCUCUGGAUUCGCGCAUAAAUUUGAUUCGCAGCACAUCACAUGUUGGGUGAAAGGUCUCUAGAAAUCGUUCUAGCGUUCUUCAUUGCCCUUGUCGUGGUAUCGUGCGAAGAAUUUGGAGGGAAUCUCUUAGAACACGCAGGCAAAAAAUACUUGACGAAUUCCGUUGUUCACUUUAAGUCUCCAAAACCUGUGCAUUUUUUUAAUUAUUGCAGUGAGAAACAACUAGAAAUCACUGGAAAUUCAGUAUCUGCUUCAGGCGAUCAAAUACCUAAUACAAACAUCAUACUUCAACCUGUUUAUUACCAUAAUCAUUACGGAGUGAAUAUAAUUGGCGAAAGCAGUCGCCGUUUCAUAUGUUUCGAUAAGAAGAGUAAGCUUAUCACGAGAGUUUCCGGAGAAAGUCCACGUUGUAUAUUUGAAGAAAUAUUCAGUCCGGAUGAGAUGUACACAAUGCUACGGUCUGUCUUCAAAAAAAACUGGUUUAUAGGUUUUAAUAGAAAAGGCAAACCCAAACUGGGAUCGAAAUACGUCACAGGAAAUUGGAAUAAAUGCUACUACUUCACAAAGCGAGGCCAUUCGUACUUCAACCUCCACAAGCAUAGACAUACUGGGCCAAAAAUUUUACAUCCGGAAAAAUUGUACCGUGCACUCGAAAAGCAAAGACUGAUGCAGAGGCGUAAGGUUGCAAAUGGCUGAAACGCUUUCAGAAUGAUCGGCUAUAUUUCGCCUAGGAAGCUUUUGACCUCAAUUCAUUAGCGAUUGGAAGAAGUUAAAUUCGGCGACAGUUGUGAUCGUGCCAUUCGUACUUUUUACUCCUUUUCUCAACUGUCGCGUUUCAACUUCUACAAAUAUCACUCAUUUCUUCGAUGUCAGUGAUGAGUGCAUUUCCAGUGUCGUUAAAGUAUAACCCCGGUUACCGAUUUCAUCAUUUAUUGUAUGUUAUGAAUGGCGCAUAAAUUCUUAUGUGCAAAAAUGUAACUCUUUGUUUCUAAACUUUCCUAAUAGGGAAACAGAAGAAUGUUGCAUUUGUUCUUUUUCAGUAUAAAAUGCAACUAAUUUAAUUUCAGAAAAAUUAUCACUGAAAUAUGUUCCUAUUGUUAGCAUCUGUUUAAGUUACA